AUGGCGAAUAAGAAGGAAAAAGUACCAGAACAACCCGGCAACCGGCCGCGAUGGGUGCUCCACGUGCAGGCACAGAUCUGGCGCUUCCUCAUGGGCAUUGGCAUGAUGCUCCACAAACUCGCGCGACCGUUGCCACCCAGACCCGCCUUCUACCGCGACAUCGAAGCCAGCGUGUCGCCCAUCAAGGGCAAGUUCAGACUCAACUUUUAUGUGCCCAAGGAAUACAAACGAUACCAAAAACUCAAGGGGGUCAAGAGAUUCCCCGUCGUCAUCAACUUCCACGGGGGAGGCUUCGUCUUGGGAAGCGCCCGUGACGAUGCGCGCUGGUGUGGCGUCGUGGUGGAGCAGGUCGGGGCCGUCGUCGUCAGCGUCGACUACCGUCUUGCGCCCGAGUACCCAUUUCCGACCGCAGUCGAGGACGGGGCAGAUGCAGUCUUGUGGCUUGCACAGAAUUCCGAGGAGUUCCUGCUCGACCCCAGCCGCAUCGCCAUCUCAGGCUUCUCCUCGGGCGGCAACAUGUCCUUCACCGUGCCCCUCUGCCUCCAAGGCGAGCUUUUCGACCGCACGCCCUCGGGCCAGCCCAUUGUCGACUCUCGCGCAGGCAGCCUACCUACCGCCGUCCUCGGUCCUCGCCCGCCCGUCUUCACAAGCCCCACCAACCCCUUCAGCACACCCAACGCCUCGUACAUCCCCCUCUCGCGACAGACUUCCCGUCUCGACCGCAUCGCCAUGUUGCGACAGACCGGCACCUCAGCCCUCUCCCUCAUCUCCUCGUACAAGGACGGAUCCGCCGUCUCCGUCACCACAGAAGGUUCCUCCACCGUCCUCAAGAUCAGAGGCAUAGUAUCCUUCUACCCGCCCACAGACUACACCCAAACCCGCGCACAACGCCGCGCCACGUGCUCGAGGACAGAUCACCAGCUUCCCGCCGUCUUCACCUCCCUGUUUGACGACUCCUACUUGCAGCCGCCCUCGCUCGAUCUUUCCCAUCCCUGGCUGAGCCCAGGCGUGGCGCCCGACCACAUGCUCGCCGCACUCCCAGACGACAUUGUCCUCUUCUGCUGUGAAUGGGAUAUGCUUUUCGCAGAAGGCGAGCGCUUCCGCGACCGCCUCGUCCACAGCCUGCGCAAACGUGUGCACUACCACUGUGUCUAUGGCCAGCCCCACGCCUGGGACAAGGCCCCGAAUCCACUGCGAGAAGCUCCCGGCGCGAGACAGCAGUACAUGGUUGCCUGCAGGGAGUUGAAGCGCAUGUUCGACCUGGAUGAUGAUCACGUUGAUGAGCCUGCUCUGCCCAGGCAUAGCGAAAGUGAGGACUUGUCGUGUCGGAGAUGGCAUCGAAGUGUGGACCUAGGCCAGCAUCCUUUGGCGCAGACACACAGUUUGGUGUAG